AUGGGGUCGCCCAUGCAGAUCGUCGAGGUCGGCACCCUGCGCACUCGUGAGAACGAGGAAAGCAACUUCUUGGGCAGCUCUACCGGAGUCUACUUCGUCAACACCGUCCGCCAUGCCUUCAAGGCCUCCAAGGACCCCGGCGCCCAGUCGACCGACUCGCCCACCUUGCUCGACCCCGAGCAGGAAGGGCCCAACCCGCUCGAGGACUUUCUGCUCGACGAGGGCUCCGACGACAACCCGGAAACCCCCUCAGCCCUCGCCGACUUCCCCAUGACCACUUCCUGCAUUCCCCGCGGCCCUUCGUACGAUGCCGCCCCUCCUGGUAUCGGCCGCCCCCCGGACCCGCAAAUCUCCAAGAAAUUGCUUGUCUUGUACUUCAAGUUAUGGCAUCCGCUGUUCCCCUUCGUCCACGGGCCUUCGUUCAUCAGAGAAGUCGAAUGUCUUUACGACUCGUCCAAGCCCUCUCCUUCUCCCCCAGGCAGCGAGCCCGAUCGCCACAGGUGCUGUCGCGCCAUCAUUGCCCAGUGCAUCUUCAAUGUCGCCCAGGCAGGAAUGGCCAAAGACUACCUGCCGCGCCACUCGCGCAUCGAAUCGUCCCAGAGCCUGAUCUUCUCCUUGAGCUCACUAGCUACAAAGCAGGAUCUCCACAGCCUGCAAGCUCUGUUUGCUGCACAGCUGUACUUUGUCUGCGCUGGAUCAUUCAGGUCGGCCUCUGCCGUCGGCGGUAUGCUCAACAAAUCCCUGUUCCACGCCGGCCUCCAUCGCUGUCCCAAUCGUUAUUCCCAGCUUUCAGGUCAUGAAAGAGACAUACGAAAACGUAUCUUUUGGAGCGCAUACAUCCUCGAUCGUUAUCUGAGUCAAGGUCUCGGCAUUCCUCUCGGCUUCCAGGACUCAGACAUUGAUGUUUGCAUGCCUGGGAGGGAGAACCAUAAGUCUCCUUCGCUAAGGUCCCACUCAUCCAACGCGUCGGAUGGCCUUUCGCGAGAACAUUCGUCCUCAAGCUCUGCUCAUGGACAAACGCCUCCCAACCAUGACAACUAUGGGAACGAUCGUCCUCACUACGCCAUCACUGCAACGCGAAGCGACACCCCAGCCAAUCCCCACGAGCCCGCCCACAAAGAUGUUGUCCUCGUAGGCUUGGUGGGGUACAGCCAGCUCACCGGCCGUGCCAUCGAGCUCUUCCAUAAAUCCAUCCAUGUUCGCUCAGUCGAUCAUUCCAAAAUUCUCUACAUCACUGCCGAUAUUCAUAGCUGGUACAACUCCCUGCCCAUGAAACUCACUUCCGCAGAUACUGUCGUCUUUCCUCGUGGAGAGUCUUCCGAUGAAACCAUCCCCAGCUUUGUUCCUCUGUUCACAGUACUCUACCAGCAGCUAUUGCUUCUUGUGAACAGGCCUUGUCUAUCAUUGCCAACCAGGUCACCCGAGUUCCUUGCAAGCAUGCAGACGUGUAUCGGCGCGAGUCGGACAAUCAUCGGCGCGUUGGAAAUGCAGCUGCAGCUCAGACAGCCGUUUUUCCUCCCCGAGCUACUCUCGGCAGGUUGGAUGGCAGGUCUCAUUUUGGUGUUUGCUUGCCAACUCAACUUCUACCCUGUAGAAAAAGGCUUCAAGGAAAUUUCUCAAUGCCUCCGUCUCCUCCGUCUGAUGAAGGAUCACUGGAAGAGCGCCAUGACGUACUAUCAGACAUUGACAAGGCUAUUUUCCGAGCUCAAGCACGGACACAAUGCCAAACUUCAUCCAAACCCGGCAAAGAGGUCGGGGUCAGACGACUCAGAUAACAGCAAGCGCGCCCGGUUCUCGAGGCAAAAUAUGUUCAGCGAAGGAUACCCACACCAACCACACCACCAGCCAUUCCACAGCAUGACAAGCAGCCGUAACCUUCACAAUAUGCCAGAUAUCGGUUCAACAAUGCAACAGAACCGCUCUCACCACUCUCCUGACGGCUCUCAGCGUUCGAGUUCGCAAGGGUCGACCCCUCAGCAGCAAUUUGCCCAACCAUUUUCGGCCAGCCACUUCAUCUUCACGCCUCCCGGUGUCGAGCCACAGAAUUUUCCGGCCGAUAGCAUCUUCAGUAAUCAAGAGUACACUGGGUUCUCGGAUGCUCAGCUUGAAGAUCCACUUCUAGAUGAUCCAUCUGUUAACGAAAUGGACCUAUUCGGCUCGGUGGCCUGGGGAACGUUGAAUGGUGACUACUCAUACAACGGAUUCACUGGAUAA